CAAGCCACAAAUCCUUCCACUCCCAUCAAAAACAGCUAAGGCACAGGUCUUGCUGAUUGCAAUGCUCAUGAGCUUGUGUAGCAAAGAAAGAGAAUAGGGGAGAGGCAUGGGGCUCCCCUAUACCCAGGGAGGCAGCGACUACUGAUCACCCUUGGCCACCUGCCUGGCCCACGGGGAGCACAGAGUCCACUCGCUGCCCUCUGAAACACAGAGCUCCUUGCAUUAAUUUGCAAAAAUCCCCAACGAAGGCUGGGGUUAUGUAAAGAAUCCAAAGACCUCAAGGAAAACAUUCUUGGUGCACUUCUCAAAGGCUGGGGCAAUUUUGCAGGAAGGGCAGCAGCAAGCAGGCAAAGAUGUCAAGGCCAGUGCAAGCCCGGAGGCUGGAGGGAGUAGAUAAGAAUAUCUGGGUGGAAUUUGUAAAACUGGCUACCACCUACUCUACGGUGAACCUGGGCCAGGGCUUCCCCGACUUCCCCCCACCAGAAUUUUUGAAGGAGGCAUUCAGCAGAGCUGUCAGCGGGGAGAAGCACAUGCUGCACCAGUACACCCGUGCCUUCGGUCAUCCACCAUUGGUGAAAAUCCUAGCCCAGCUCUUUGGGAAGCUGCUUGGACGAGACCUGGAUCCUAUGACCAAUGUGAUGGUGACUGUGGGGGCAUACCAGGCCCUUUUCUGCUGCUUCCAGGCUUUCAUUGAUGAAGGCGAUGAGGUGAUAAUCAUUGAGCCCUUUUUCGACUGCUAUGAGCCAAUGGUGAAAAUGGCUGGUGGGACACCUGUGUACAUCCCACUGAGACCGAAAGCUCCAAAAGAAGGAAAAUUGAUGUCAAGUGCAGAUUGGCAGCUGGACCCAGCCGAACUGGCUUCUAAAUUCAGUGAGCAGACAAAAGCCAUCGUCCUGAACUCACCCAACAACCCGCUGGGCAAGGUGUUCAGCCGAGGGGAGCUGGAGCUCAUUGCAGACCUGUGCGUGAAGCACGAUGCCCUUUGCAUCAGUGAUGAAGUGUAUGAGUGGCUGGUGUACGACGGGAAGGAGCACAUCCGCAUCGCCAGUUUGCCAGGGAUGUGGGACCGCACAGUGAUCAUCGGGAGUGCUGGAAAAACCUUCAGUGUCACUGGCUGGAAGGUGGGUUGGACUGUGGGAUCCAACCGGCUCCUGCAGCACCUGCGUACCGUGCACCAGAACUCAGUGUACCACUGUGCUACAGCUGCACAGGAUGCUGUGGCUGAAGGUUUCCAGAGGGAGCUUGAGCACUAUGGGAAACCAGACAGCUACUUUGUCCAGCUGCCCAGGGAGCUGCAGCAAAAGAGAGACCAGCUGGUCCAGAGCUUGGUUGCGGUGGGGAUGAAACCCAUCAUCCCUGAGGGCACCUACUUCUUGGUGGCAGAUAUCUCCGAGUUCAAAUCCGAAGUUCCUGAUGUCCCCAACUCCGAUGAGCCCUACGACUCCAGAUUUGCAAAGUGGAUGGUCAAGAACAAGGGACUGGCGGCCAUCCCGCUCUCGGCGUUCUACUGUGAGGCCCACAAGGGCAACUACAACAGUUUCAUCCGGUUCUGCUUUGCCAAGGAGGAUGCCACACUGAAGGCAGCAGAUGACAUAUUGCAAAAAUGGAAACUGGAGAAAACUGCUCCCUGAAGACACUGCGGAGGGAACCAGGCUCCCCACGACUGCACUUCUUCCUCUUCCUUUACUUGGCUACAAACUUUGCUACAUCCUGAUUUUUGUGCUUUCGACCACAUUUUCUGUCAGACAAGUGGUUAUGAGGUCUGCCAGGCCCAGGUCUGGGGGACACAGCUUUCACUGUGAAACAAUUGCAAGCAGUGAGCCUCCAUGUGCACUUCUGCUAUUUGGCAUUCUUCCUUCAUGUUUAAAGACAUUGCUCAUCAGUUCUGAGAUGUGUCCAGCAAGACACGAGGGUAAGGAUGGCUCCUGGGGUCUUUUCCACCACCAAAUUCUGAAAAGGCAUUUCAGGACCUACCUGCAGGGCCAUGCUGGGUGCCUUAACUCACUGCAACACUGCAGGGCAGCAUUCCCAGCAGCACUCACUUUCUUCAGGAGACUGUGUGGGGUCACUGCCCUUCAGCAAGCUGAUUCACACAGUCCUGAAAGCUGUAAACCCAGAGAGCUGAUGUUUCCAAAAAUUAGCAAUAUUCCCUUUGACUUUGGGAAGGUGAGCACAGGUUCAGUAACCGUCAGCCCUCAGGAAAUAGGUCUUUAAAUGGAGCUUGGCUACAACCAAACCUUCCGUGUGCACUCAUACAUUGCACAAAGUUACGACUGGCAGCAUCCCCUGGGCUGCAAAGCAAAACUGCAGCCUCUGAUGGGUGCGUGCAGCUGGGAGGGAGGGCUGGGGUUGUGGGACAACAGGAGCAGCAUUGCAGAGGGUCGUUCUUGCAUCAUUCUUCAUUUCAGACUGGAUAAAAGUGUAGGACAUGAUCAAAAAUUGCGCUGGAGUCAUGUGCAACAUGAGAUAAAUAUUUGUGACUGUUAAAUUAUUAAAGUUGAAUUAAUUGAUGAGUAAA